GGAGCUUGUGCGCGGCCUCGCGCCUUUCUCUGGUGGCGGGAAAGCUGGCUCGAGGUUCGAGGGGGCUCGGAGAAUCUCUGCAUUAGCCCAUUUUGCUCCUCGCGCUUAGGUUCUCAUCUUUCCAGAAGUAGAUUUCAACAUUCGUUAUUGUGGAAGAAAAUACUUCGCCUGAAACAGAGGAGCAGAGACUUGACUUGUCAGACGGUGACUACAGAUUUUCCCUUCUCUAUUGAUCAGGCAUAAAGAAAAGUGUAGCUUCUGAGCUGAAUGAUGACAACCUUGCAGAGUAAAGAAAUAUGCGGGAAGGGACCAAAGAAAACCUUUGCCCCACCUGCACAAAAACUGCAUAGCCUGAUGCCCUAUAACCUUAACUCAUCGAAGGAGGAGAUCCCGGGAAUCAGUUCCCCAGAGGCAGAGACAAGGCCAAGCCUGCUAAAGGCCAGGUUAGAGAAGAAGAAGGAGAAAACAACCAAAGAGAAUGGUACAGGCAGUGGCCAGGAGAUAAAAGGAAAGGCUCAAGACAACAAGAAAGCAGAGAAGAAAGAAAAGGGAAAAUCAACUCUUACCAAUACAGAAUUUGAGGAGAUUGUCCAGAUUGUGCUACAGAAGUCCCUCCAGGAGUGCUUGGAGACUUCCUGUGCCCAGCCUACAAGAUGUACCCAGUUAGACAAGGAGCCAGGAAUUGCUUCUUCUACUACUACUAAUAAUAAUGCUGAUGGAGAGAGGGUGGUGGUACCGCAUAUUCUAGAGAUUUCAGCCUCUCAGGAAGGUGGAGUAAUCCCUGAGAUAAAGACAUCUAAGCCAGGCCAGCCAGAUCCUGCACCUUCUGAGAAGAAAUUCAAUAAACUCUCCUUAAGCAAAAGAAAGAAGGCCGCUCAAGGUGAGAAAAUGGAGAAAGCCCAAAGUGGACAUGAGCACAGGCAGAAAGACCAACUGAAGAAAACAGUUCAGGAUCAUUCUCAGAUCAGGGACCAACAAAAGGGAGAGGGAAGUGGUUUUGGUCAAUGUCUAGUCUGGGUCCAGUGUUCCUUCCCAAACUGUGAGAAAUGGAGGCGGCUACGUGGGAACAUUGACCCCUCAGUCCUCCCAGAUAAUUGGUCCUGUGACCAGAAUACAGAUUUGGAGUAUAAUCACUGUGAUAUCCCUGAGGAGACCUGGACAGGGCAUGAGAGUGAAGUGGCCUAUGCCUCCUACAUCCCAGGAUCCAUCAUCUGGGCCAAGCAAUACGGUUACCCCUGGUGGCCAGGCAUGGUAGAAUCUGAUCCUGACCUGGGGGAAUAUUUUCUUUUUGCAUCUCAUCUUGAUUCCCUGCCAUCCAAGUACCAUGUGACAUUUUUUGGAGAAACAGCCUCUCGUGCUUGGAUCCCAGUCAACAUGCUAAAGAACUUCCAGGAGCUAUCUCCGGAGUUAGCUGGAGUGAAAAAUUGCAGGAAUAAGGACUGCAGUCAGAAACUGGGGGCAGCCCUGAUGAUGGCUCAAGAGGCCGAGCAGAUCAGUAUUCAGGAGCGGGUUAACCUGUUUGGUUUCUGGAGCCGAUACAGUGGAUCUGACAACAGUGGGGAAGAAAAAGACGUAAUGCUCUCUGGGGCUAACAGCUUAGAUUCCUGCUUGGAGAGAGAAGAGGAGGAGUUAGAGUUGGAGGAAGAGGAGGAAGAACAACAGAAAAAAGAUCCAACUUUGCCUGGUCCCAAGCCAGCCAAAAUUCAGACAAAAAAACCCAAGGCAAGAGGUGGAGCACAUGGACGAGAUGGGACCCCGCAAAGGAAGACAACGAAGAGAUCUCUGGGAAAUGAAUCUGCAGCUCCAUCUUUACCCAUAAUGGGAGGGGAAAAAGGGCAUGGGAAUUCAGAACCUGAGCAGCCAGGCCCUAAGAAAAAAUUUAAAGCUCCCCAAAGCAAGGCCCCAGUAAGCAGCUCAUCUGAGGAAAAAGAAGCUAGAAUACUGCCAGAGGUCCUGACCCCACCAGCUCCUCCCGGGGCCUGUCCCAUGGUGGGGAAAGAAGGGCCUGCACCCCAGGAGCCAUGGCCUCAGGAGGCUGGAAGUGUCCUCUCUGAUGAUGGAGCCUCCAGUGACCUGGACCUGGACCAGCUCAUGGAGGAUGUUGGAGAAGAGCUGGAGCAGAGGGAGGAGCCACAGCACAGAGAGGACGCAGGGGAGCUCGCCGUGUCCUGCUGUGAGGAAUAGCUGUGGCCUCGCACCUCCUUCCUGCUCUCUCAUCCCUUCUGUGGGAGCAGGAGGCAGAGCCUCUCAGAGGAUCCCCGAGAAGCUGAUAAAUGUUGGCGUUGUUCAUUGGCUGUGAGGUUGUUGGCUAAAGUCAGA